AUGUUGAACAUUGUCGCCAGGUCUUCAAAGCUUGUUUUCCGCCAGAAUGCCAGAUUCCUCUCGGUUUCGGCCGUUAGAAACAACCUUGUGACCGAUCUCUACGUCAAGGAACUCAAGGCUUUCAAGCCUACUCCUGCCUCUGCCGCCGAUGCUGAGGCCGCUACCAAGCCAUGGAAGCUCCCACAAGCCGCCAAGAUCCCAUCUUUGGAGGGUGAGGGCGCCGACGCGCUGGCCGAGUACGACUCUGCCAAGGUCGAGGUCGUCGAGGCUUCCGGCGAGACCGCUGCCGAGGAGUACAACCCAGACGACUGGUUUGUGUUUGAAGAGGAGGAGGAGCCGGGACAUCACUGA